AUGACAGAAUUGUACGUUUCACAGGUGGGAGGUGCUACAGGGUCAAUAGGUGACCCCAGCGGUAGAAACAAGGAGCGUGAACUACAAUCCGCUGAAAUCGUUGCUGAAAACAGUCGAUGCAUCACAGAUAACAUUAAGACCAUCUUCGACAAUCAUGAAAAGUAUUUUUGGAAUGACAAAAAUGGCAAGGAACCUCUAAAACCACCCAUAGUAGUGAAUAACAUAAGUUGGUACAAGAAGAUGAAUGCGUUGGAGUACGUUGGGAAGAUAGGCAAGCACUUUCGGAUGGGCACAAUGCUUUGCAAGGAAAGUGUCGACACACGACUGAAGAGUGAGCAUGGCCUCAGCUACACCGAGUUCUCCUAUCAGAUCUUCCAGGCCUAUGACUGGUAUCACCUGCUUCAGAAGUACAACUGCCGCUUCCAGGCAGGUGGUAGCGACCAGCUGGGCAACAUCUCGGCAGGCCACGAGCUGAUAUCCCGCCUGAGCCGGACGGAGGUGUACGGCGUCACUCUGCCUCUGGUGAAAACUGUGUCUGGCGCCAAGUUUGGCAAGUCGGCUGGCAACGCGGUCUGGCUCAGCCCGGACAUGACGUCACCGUUUGACCUCUACCAGCACCUGGUGAGGACCACCGACGCCGACGUAGAAACCAUGCUCAAGCUCUUUACUUUCGACUCGGUCGAGUCGAUCGGCGAUGUUUGCAGGAAGCACCAAACAAGGCCUGAACUGUGGCUGGCGCAGAAGAGACUGGCUGACAAGGUGACCACCCUGGUGCACGGUGAGGAAGGCCUGAAGGCGGCACAUCUGGCCACCGAAGCGCUCUACAAUGGCAACGUCGACAUCCUCAGUCAACUCUCGUGGAACGAUGUUACCAGUGUUUUCAAAGGAGCUGUGGUGAAGGACCUGUUGAUGGAGCCAGGUCUGAACAUUCUGCAGUUUUCCCUGUAGCCGGCUGUUUCCCAGCGACCAAGACGCGCGGCGAAUCAUAGCGGCUGGCGGAUUCUCCAUCAACUACCAGAAGAUUACUAAUCAUGAGGAACUGCUCAGCGAUACUGUUCACAUUCUGCCCAUAAGAUUACGUUGGCUAGAGUUG